CAAAGCUGGAAGCCAUUUCGAAGCAGACACAGGGAGAGCGGUCCGAGGCGACCCAGAACAAAAGCAGCCCCAAACCCCGGCGAUGAAGGAAGUGAAGCAGCCGCGGCGGCAGCAGACGGCGGCCAUGGAAGAUGCGUCGGCGGAGCUCGAGCGGCGGAGCCAGUACCUCACCUCCCUCAUCCAACGUGCCAGGGUCAGGGCUGAGGACGACGUGGAGGAGAAAUCUGGGCGACUUGAAGCAGAGCGGCAGCAAGGGGUGGAUAAGAAGGGAACCGGCGAUCGGGGGAGCAGGGAGGGCGCUGAGGAGACGCAGGACGUGCGGGUCAGGGCCGCCGACAUGCCCGUUGCGCUGCAGGAGCGGGCGUUCCAGUGCGCCCGCGAGGUGCUCGACUCGAUGCCCAAGCUCGAUAACAAGCGCCUCGCCCUCACCCUCAAGAAGGAAUUCGACUCAUUGUAUGGUCCAGCUUGGCACUGUAUUGUGGGGAGAAGCUUUGGUUCAUAUGUCACACAUACUUUGGGAGGUUUCUUGUACUUCUCCAUCGAUAAGGUCUACAUACUUCUCUUUAGGACAGCUGUUAAGACAUUGGGCCAUUAACGAUCAUGUUGCAAUUGGACGGUUUCUUCUAGGAAAUAUGGAUGGUUGAAAUGCUUAAAAAAUUUUACUUAAAGUGGAGAGAUCAACUAUUAUGACACUUAAAGUUGUAACGUGUAUCAGGACAUGGAUUGACUGGCCUUUUCUUUGUUAGUUAAUGCCAGAAGCAAUUGUGAUGGUUUUCUUGAAAUGUUAAUGUGUUGUCGGCACCUAUCAAGUGAGGAAAAAGGUGCAGGUUUAUAAUGCGUCUCUCAUGCUCAUCGACUUCUGAAGCAUAAAGCUUGUCUACCCCUUGGCUUCUUCACCUAGUAUGGGCCCAAUUACUUGCAAUAACAAAUUGUGUUUUCUCUGUCACUGAUUCGUUUUAUGAUUAACUCUCUGAAAUUGUUUGCGAAAGAAAUGAGCCUUUUACAUGUUUCCUCAUAAGUAAACCCUUUCCUCCUCUCAUAAGAAAAGCUAGACUUGCUGAUUAUAAAUUUUCAGUACUUCUUCUCUGAGGACAUGAAUUUGUUCAUGGCUUAUUGAUUUUUCUGAUGAAACUCAGCAACAGCAGCUGCUAUUGGCAUGGUAACAAAUUUGAGGAUUCCCUUGAUUCGGUAUGUUUCAGUUGGCCUUACCUGUGAACUUUUUUGUACUCCAUAGCCAAUUUGUUUCUGUUCUUUGGUUUGCUUUUAUUAUUCACUAUGAUCAUUAUCUGAGCCUUCCGCAGGUCUCUCAUGAAUUAUAUACUUCCAAAUUGUCCUACAGGCUCACAAUCCUGUUUUGAUGUUUGAAGGGCAACCAAGAUUGACAGAAGCCAGCGGCUUUCCAUGAAUACAAAUCACAGGACAGAAAAUUGAAGUAAAUAUGUGUCAAAAGCAUCACAAGAAUCCAAACUCCAACGACGAGAUCAUGUGGUACAGAAAAAGCCACAGCAUCAGCUGCAGAGGAGCCACUUCUCAACUGACCAAGUGAAUGGAUGUGCCCUACCAAGUCAAGAACACACGCUGCCCUAAAAGCAGCAAAGGAUCCACAAAGCGUCGCCUCUCUUCUGGUUUCUUUUCUGAACUGAAGCACCACCCAGGUAACAAAAGCUUGAUGCAACGAUUCCCCCUACUCGCUGCAGUGACUAAAAGACUUGGUGACCUACUGUGGGAGAAGGAAGAAGGCAUGCGAAGUUGUGGAGAUGAUGCAUGACGGGGUAUGGCGUCAGUUCAUCAUAUCGAGGCAUGGAUAAGAGCUGCUGGUGUCAAUGGAAACUUCUCAAAGCGGUUCAGUGUCGACAAAUGUCAAGCAGUUUGUUUCUCUGGGCUUGUCUCGGGUCCCAAAUCUGCCAUGAACAAAGCAUACAUAAUCUAUGUCAAUGGGAACUUCUCAAUGUAGGUUGGGCAGCUCAUCUCCUGUAAUUCCAUUCUAACCACUAAUAUCUCCAUUAAUCCUCACAUGAGCUAUUCAAUGAACUGAAGCUAUUCACAGUGUGCAAUCAUAAUGUUUGUCAUUAUGAAUCCAAAACUCACUCGAUCUCUAUA